AUGGACGUAGGAAGUUGUUCGGUGGGAAAUAAUCCGCUUGCGCAAUUGCACAAACAUACUCAGCAGAACAAAUCGCUUCAAUUUAGUCAGCAGAACAAUGGGCCUCUUAAUGAAUCAGCUUUACAGAAUAACAACAAGCCAAAUGUUAGUGAGGCUUUUAAAUCCAAUAUGAAUACCAUUUCACAAGAAAGCAUGGUAAAUAUGCAUAGAUUUAUAAACGGAGAACCCCUGGCCGAUGAUAAAAGAAGAAUGGAAAUAGGGCGAUCCUCAGGCAGGCCUCCAUUUUUUUCAGACGUGCGUUCUCUACAAAGCUUAUCAAGCUCAAACCAAACCAACGGAACAAACGACAUAUCUCAUUGGUCGCGAGAGUUUCAAGGUAGUAAUAGUAUUCAAAAUAGAAACACGGAUGCAGGAAAUUCAGAAAAGGCGUGGCAGCGCCCCUCACAAACCGCAUCAAGCCGGUUUCAAUAUCCUAAUACCAUGAUGAAUAACUAUGCUUACGCUUCAAUGAACAGUCUUAGCGGGUCAAGGCUUCAAUCGCCAGGGUUUAUGAAUCAACAACAGCAUGAACGCUCUAAAGAAGAUGUCAGUCAGCAUGGAGAACAGCCUUGGGCGGAUCAGUUUGAAAAGUUGGAAAAAGAAGUCUCUGAAAAUCUGGGUAUAAAUGAUGAAAUAGAAGAGGAGGAAAAUGUGACUGAGGUAGAACAAAACAAACCAGAAAUUGUUGAGAAGGAGGAAGAGGUAUAUGGGGAUCAGUAUCAAACCGAUUUCCAAGACGUAUGGGAUAGCAUACACAAAGAUGCUGAGGACGUCUUGCCAUCUGAGUUAGUUAAUGAUGACCUCAAUCUGGGGGAAGACUACUUGAAAUAUCUCGGUGGCAGAGUAAAUGGGAACAUCGAGUAUGCUUUUCAAUCUAACAACGAAUAUUUAAAUAAUCCUAAUGCAUACAAAAUCGGUUGCUUAUUGAUGGAGAACGGAGCUAAAUUGAGCGAGGCAGCGCUGGCAUUUGAAGCGGCUGUCAAAGAGAAACCAGACCAUGUAGAUGCAUGGCUAAGGCUGGGCCUAGUACAAACCCAGAAUGAAAAGGAGUUGAACGGAAUAAGCGCUUUAGAAGAAUGUUUAAAAUUAGAUCCAAAGAGUCUGGAAGCAAUGAAAACUCUAGCGAUAAGUUAUAUAAACGAAGGUUAUGAUAUGAGCGCCUUCACAAUGCUAGAUAAAUGGGCAGAAACUAAAUAUCCGGAAACUUGGUCAAUAAUCAAACAACAAGAUGACAACGCUCAAAAAGAAAAAGGAUUCACCCAUAUUGACAUGAAUGCGCGUAUAACAAAGCAAUAUUUGCAAUUAGCAAACAGUUUAAGCACAGUGGAUCCUGAAGUACAACUAUGUCUGGGUCUUCUAUUUUAUACAAAGGAUGAUUUUGACAAAACCAUAGAUUGCUUUGAAAGUGCGUUGAAGGUGAAUCCUAAUGACGAACUCAUGUGGAACAGAUUAGGAGCUUCAUUGGCCAACUCCAAUAGAUCAGAGGAAGCGAUUCAAGCCUAUCACAGGGCACUACAACUAAAACCUUCCUUCGUUAGAGCUCGCUAUAAUCUGGCAGUGUCAUCAAUGAAUAUAGGUUGUUUUAAAGAAGCUGCAGGCUACUUAUUAAGUGUUUUAAGUAUGCAUGAGGUGAACACCAACAAGAAGGGAGACGUUGGAUCUCUCUUGAAUACGUACAAUGAUGCCGUUAUAGACACUUUGAAGAGAGUUUUUAUAGCAAUGAACAGGGAUGAUUUAUUGCAAGAAGUGAAGCCAGGCAUGGAUCUAAAAAAAUUUAGAGGUGAAUUUUCGUUUUGA